AACAAUGUAUUAACGGGACCCACAUUGAAAUUUUCAAAUUAAAGUUUUUGCAGUUUAUCUUCCCCUACGUAAUCCAGAUCUUUCGGUACGCUUCUACGCGCAGACGCUAUUUUUUCAACAAUCUCCAGAUUUAGAUCCACAAAAUGGGAGUUUACGGAGAACAAUCCCGGAGAGAAAAGCCCAGAGGUCGUAAUCAUGGGUUAACUCAGCAGAAACGGCAAGAGAUCAAAGAAGCAUUUGAGCUAUUCGAUACCGAUGGAUCUGGGACCAUUGAUGCCAAGGAGUUGAAUGUUGCCAUGAGGGCCCUUGGUUUUGAAAUGACAGAGGAGCAAAUUAAUCAAAUGAUCGCUGAUGUGGACAAAGAUGGCAGCGGUGCAAUUGAUUUCGAUGAAUUUGUAUACAUGAUGACUGCCAAAAUCGGUGAACGGGACAGCAAACAAGAGCUUACAAAAGCAUUCCAGAUCAUCGACCAAGAUAAAAAUGGGAAGAUAUCAAUUCAAGAUAUCAAGAAUAUUGCUAAGGAACUUGGUGAACAUUUCACUGAUGCAGAGAUCAAUGAGAUGGUGGAGGAAGCAGAUCGUGACCGUGAUGGAGAAGUUAGUGUGGAGGAAUUCAUGAGAAUGAUGAAGAGGACUUCAUAUGGAUACUAGGUGACUUUUAUCCACUGCCUAUUCCUUUGAUCCUACGGGGUGUAUAGUCCACUUAUAUCUUGAUGGUAAAUAAUAAAUUGUUGGUUUUUAUGUUAUUAUUUUCGUACCAUCCAUUUGAGUUUGUUAUCCGAGCUAUGAACGGGAGAUGUUAGAGAUAAUAGCGCCGCAUAUGUUUAUGUUGAUUGAUGGUUUGUUUUGGUAAUUACACUUGGUAAUAUCUUGAUGUGGUAAUCGUAGCUUUUCUAUUUGGUGAA